AUGUGCGUAUUUAAUUAUCUCUCUCCCUCUUCUUUACGGGCGCGUUCCAAGAACCUAACCCCAAUGGACCAUAACAAAGUGAAUGAUCUCUUUGUAAAUGAAAUCCGACCUGCCGUCACUCCUUCCCCUCCUCCAAAACGCCCUUUAAGAGCACCACCGCCGCCACCGCCACCACCACCACACAUCCCCUCAUCUCAACCCUCGAGAUUUUCUACUUCCUCUCCUACCAAUCCUACUGCCCCCACUUGGCCCCGUCCCCCAACUAAUUCCCUCUCUGAUUCAUCCUUCAUUCCACCCUCUGCAUCUCACCAGGAGCAAGAAGUUUUAAAUAAACCCGAUCGACCUCUUCGAAGACCUAAAAAACCCUCGUCUGGUGACAUACUCGAGGAAGGAGUGCUACCGAGUGGGGAGAAAAAGUUCGUGGACACCAAAUCUGCAACGGUUUCUGCAAAAGCAGAGGCCACUAAAGAUGAUGUCAUACAGGAAACUGUUUCAGAUGAAGAGCCAAUUUUGGACAAAUCUGAGUCCUCGAGUUCCAUCCUGGUGCUCACGGUUCUCUUCUUCACCAUUCUCUUCAUUUGGUACUUCUCUAUUUGUCCCUUUCUCGCUGGUGCUCUCUUGGGCGGUGGAAGCGUCUAUGUUUUCAUGCGAUUUUGGGCUUUCACUAUGCGUUACCUUAAUACCUAUUCCCCUGACUACCAUUCUGACGAUUGUAUUUUCACUCGUGGUGGUGGUGUCCAUUUUCCCAUCAAAACAUCACCAACUGCCACUUGCUGCAGUUUGCACAAUUCCCUCUUAGCCGAUUGGAGACCAGCCUAUGCGGGACCUCUCAUUCUUCCGCAUUUGCGUGAACUUCAGACACCCCCUGUGCCUCGCUUGGCUGAUGAAGAUCCUAAGACGGCACCUGCUGGAGGUCAUCUUGCAGAGGGUCUGGGAUUCAAACUUGAUAAGGACAAUAAUCCACUCUAUCAGACUUGGAUGAAUGAGACGGUUUCCUACUCCGCUGAGACCUAUCACAUCAAUGACACCCACUCGGUGUUUGUGACCCUGGAGGGUUCUCAACUGCGUAUUCAACGACCACGGAAAAAUGUGCCUCGUCGAGCCAUGUUCAAUGUCUCCGUACCCUCUAGUUCUGGAGUGCAGUUUGUGCAUCAACGAAUUUAUAAUAUGCGCAAAGUCACUGUCUCCCUACUCCCGGAAGGUCUUGUCUCCAGGAGGCUUUGGAGCAAAAAGUACCCAAUAUGUCUUACCAUCCAAAAUGAACAGAAUUCCCGACCAAGUGGAUCUCAGGACACGAUUACCAAGACAUCUUCUACCUCACGUUUGAAGAAGAAGGCCUCAAUAGCUGCUCGAUCCGGUAAAAGAUCCAUUGCAAAGUACCCAUCACCUACCGAUUCUAUUCGUGAAGAAACCAAACCAGCGGGUCUAGACAGUCAAUCUGCCUACUCUGUCUCAACUUCUCGUUUCCUUCGAGUAUCAACAAAUCCCACUUUCGGUUCUUCAGCCAGCGGCCCCGUUUCUAAUGAUAUGCCCUUGUCACAAUUGGAUGAAGUUAUAUCUCAAACUCAGGAUGAUUUUCUGCUGGUGCAGCCAAGUGAUUUGGAUGAUAAGAUCUAUUUGUUCACGCGGACGUGCCGUGAAAAGGAGACAUGGUUUAGGCGACUCUACGGAGCAUCUAUUGGCAAACCGCUGCUCCUCACUACCCAACAGGUAACUAACUGGACUACGGGCUUUACAGCUUUUUAUUAUUUGACAAGGUUUAAGCACCUAAAGUAA